CUUUGCUAUUCAAUAGAUUGGGAUAUUAGGACAGGAAGAGCAUCCAAUUGUACACAAGGAAAAUGCUGCUCCCAAGCAGGGAAAAGUAGGUGUUAAAAUGGCAAUGAUGAAAAAAAAACCCUGAAAUUUUUCAUAUGGGCAACCAAUCACUAAUGUUGAUUUAUCUUUUUACUUUAGAACCAGUUGCAUUAGGAGACAAUGUCACACUUCAUACUGAAGUAGCCGAGAUGACAGGAAUUGUUUUCUGGAAAAACGACAAUGGUAGAUAUGAAUGUAACCCGACUUGUUAUAAUUACGGUAACUAUGAAGUUACACAAGAUGGUAGCAAAUCUACUCUUUUGAUCCAAAUGGUAUCAGAACAAGAUUUCACUUGGCAUUUUUGUGACUUGUGUCUCUGCUCUGCAAAAUAUACCUUAGUGACAAAAGGUGAAAAAACAGAAACAACGACAACAAAAGAUGCUGAAACUAAUGGAUCAGAAAACAGCUUACCAACCUAUGCCUAUGUCUUAAUUUUCAUAUCUGUAUUUGUAGUCAUCGUUAUCAUUAAGAAAGACCAGAACUGAUAUUGGCCAACCUUACUACUGACUUUCACUGAUCCGGGUAGAAUUGUUGGUUUUUGCAUAAACUACCUCCAUAUUUUAUGUAACAUCAUCAUCAUCAUCAUCGUUGGUUUGGCAUCACCUUUUCCAAAACUCUGCUCCAUCUUACUCUUGCUUGUCCAAUACAAGCAUGGAAAAGUGGACGUUAGAAUGUUGUUGUUGAUGAUGAAAACGAUGAUAUGCGAUUGAUGAUGAUUGAGGAUAAUAAUGAUUGAUGGUGAUGUCUGAUGAUUGAUGAUGAU